AUGGAGUUAAGUUUCUUAAAUUGGAAUAAGAAACAACUUUUAUUUAUAUUCAUUUUAACUAUUCGAUUAAAUACUGAAGCACAGUCAUCAAAUAGCAACAACUCUGUUGAAAACGUGCCAUUAAAUUCAAAUUUCAGUGAGUUGACCAGUUCAAUAACUCGUUUCAUAAAUGGUGUCAAUACUAACGAUACUAUAGUAUUCUCUUCUAACAAUGCAACAGAAAUUGUUCUUCCCUCAUCAAAUCAUCUCGAUUCUACUGACAUUCGAAAUAUAUCUACUAAUGAAACAUCUAUUAAUGGUGCAUAUGCAGUAGAAGAUAUUUUAAAUACAAUGAAUACAACAAUAUCACAUAAUAAUUCGCCAAGGACAAUGAACCUAGCAACGACUUUAUAUAAUACAUCCAACGAUAGUUCUGUAAAUGUACAACCAUCCAUCCAUCAAACGAAAAUGCUCUAUAAUUCGUCAUUAGUUUCAAAUGAUGCUAUCAAUUUAUCCAAUUCAUUCGAUUCGGUUAGCUACGAUCUAUUAGAAAAUACAACAGCAAUAACAAAUGUCAACAGUAGUAAAAGCUCAAUUGAGAAUAAUAUUACAUCAAAUAUAAUAAUUUCAACAUUAAUUAAUUUAAAUAACAGUAUUCAGUUAAAUCAACUGAACGAAUCUUCAUUAUUAAAUGAUAUAGGUUCAUUAAAUUCCUCUGCUAUUAUUGAUACUAAUACAACUAGUAUGUUUUUAAUUUGGAAUACAACUGUUGCUGUGCAACCUGUGAGAGACUUUUCUAUGUCCGUCCCGAAUACUUAUGAGAUCAGCAACUCUUCGAAUAAUACUAUUGUUGAAAGUUUUGAUGCCACUAUGUUAUCAUUCAUGAAUUCUACUGGUAAUGAGCGAUUUAAUAUAAGCGAUUCAUUAAAUACAACUUUAGUUAUUCUCCCAUUAGUAGUCGAUACCUUGAUAUCAAAUUUGACAUAUCAAAAUUUGCUGCCUUCUGCCAAUGAUACGUUAACGCAAACAACAUUCACUGUUGAACCUACAAAUUUACAUCCUGAACUGAGUCAGCAAACGGCUUCUAAUGUUUCAUUAGAGCCGGCUUCCCCGAGCCUUUCGAAUCAAAACCUAACAUUAUCCAUUAAUACUUCAGAAACUGUUACUUCUCUCAUGUCGGAAAUGACAGGAUUACCUUUAUUGAUGACAAAUUUUUCGAAUUCAAACUUAUCAUCCUUUUCGAAUGAGAUAGAAAGUCAUAUGUCGACUGCUUUGCUUCAUACAGAAUCAGUACCAGAGACUGUUCAACAAACUGACCGUGCACUUCCAAUAACUCUGUCUACAUUGAUAUUUUCGGAAGAUAAUUUAGUACUUACAUCGAAUACUACACAAACAAAUUUCGCAACCGAGUCACUAAUUAGACCACAGCUGCAAAACACAGCUCAAACAACUAAUGAUACACUUGUUUUCACACUAACGCCAUCGGAUGAACCCAAUGCCCCUUUAGCAUCUGAACCAAAUCUUUCUCAAUCGAGUGUAAGUCAAGAUGUAUUUCCAACAGAACCGACAGUCCUUGUCACUCAGGAAACAUUCAAUCCACUUCUUCCGACAGAGAAUGUCCAAAUAAAUCUUAAUCAGAGUGCAGCGUCUCCUCUCGAUGGGAUUCAAAUGAGAACAUCAGCAAAUGUUAUGACUCCACAACCUAUUGAGACUCUUUCACCAGACACUAAUUUGAAUGAAACUUUGCCACAAUCCUUGAAUAGUACACAAGGAGCCUUGCCUUUUGAAUCCUCACGCACUGAAUUAUCUCCUGCAACAAUGCAGCCAACAUUUGAUACUCUUCCACCAAUCAUAUCAUCUACAAAUCUUUCAAAUCAAAGUUCAUCGGAAGUUUUGGAUAUUACACAAGGAACUGUGCCUCUCGAUUCAUUAGUGACUGAAUUAUCAGCUGAGACAAUCCAGCAAACACCUAUUACUCUUACGUCUCUCACAUCAUUGGAAAAUAUUUCAAAUGAAAGUUUGAUAGCAGUUUCAGCUAUUACGGAAGAAGCAGUUUCUGUUGAUUCAUUAUGGACUGAUUUAUCAUCUGCGACAAUGCUUGGCACAGCAGAUUCUUUGCCACUGGUGACUACAUCGACAAAUGUUUCAGAUGAAACCUUAGUGGCACUUUCGAAUAGUACACAAGUCAGUUCACCUUCUGAUUCGUUGGCAACUAACCUACCUAUUGUUUUAAACGAGAAUAUUACUAAUACUCUAGAUUUUAUCACAAUAUCGUCGUCGCUUCCGAACACAAAUACGUCGUCUUCUAUGAAUAACACGGAAAUAUUUUUCGGUUCUGCCUCGUCAUCUACAGAAGUACCUUCAUUCACAGCCGAGGGAACUAUCGCCACUGUUGAAUUCUCUCAAGUUUCUUCAAUAGGUUCAAGCGAAACCAUGUCGUUAAUUUCAAACACUAGUGACAUGAGUGCUUCGCCGGCUUCGAUCCCUAUGGAAGAAAUGCCUUUUACAACACUUCAAGCCGUUGAAAUAACGUCAUUAGUACCUUCUGCAACGGAACUGAAUCAAAAUGUUCCAACAUCUUCUAUUGAUAUUCAAACAGAUUCUGCUAAUCACUCGAUGCCUAUGCUAGUAUCAUCUGCUACAGAACAGGAGUCUUGGAGUAUACCUUCAUCAACAUCAAUGUCAUCUUUUCCUUUGAAUGAUAGUUUGGCAUCAUCUGCAAAUGUUACAUCAACAAACAUUCUUCCUAUAUCAGAGACCAUAGGCGUCGCUACAGACACAGCAGAAUCGACUGGUAAUACUCUCGAACCGAUCGUACCAGCAUCAAUAUCUCCAAAUGAAAGUUUGCCAUCUUCAUUCAAUGAAACAGAAACAAACAUGUUUUCGAGUUCAAUGUUCACCACACCAUCUUUCAUUACAGUACAGAAUACUCUCGAUACAUUUCCCUCAGAACAGCUUUCGGCUAGUGUUCCUAACCAAAGUGAACCGAUAUUACUAACGACUAUAAAAAGCAAUGAAGUAGACAGUUCUUUUGCUUCACAGCAUAUGAUAUCUUCUACUAUAACACUGGAACAGGCUACCAACAAUCUUCCGGUAACACAAUCAUCAUUGCUUCUUGAGAAUGAAAGUUUAUCUUCAUCUUCAAGUAAUACAUUACAAGAUACUUCAUCUAAUGAAGGAAUUAUCGACACCCAUACUAUUACAAUUGAACAAACAACAAAUACUCCUAUAUCAAGUUCAAUACCUUCAUUUGCACCAAAUCAAGAUUCAUCAUUACCAGUAUCCCUAGAUACCAUUGUAAAUAGUCCAACAAGUAAUACGGAAGAAACAAUACAACCACCAAUGUCUACUGAAUCACUACUAUCUACAUUAGCAGAAACUAAUCCUACUGAAACUAUCUAUAUAAACAACGGCAUUGAUACGGCUGAAAGUUCCAGUAUAACGGUUCAAGUAACAGCUAUGACUCCAUUGCCUACGUUGUCGCUUCUUACCAGGCUAAUGUCUUCAUCAUUGUCGCAGUCAACAGUUUUUUCAAACAGCAAUGAUUAUAUUGCGGAAGAAAGCACAAUUGAGUCGACAGAAACUAACUUUGUGACUUCAUCACAAGAACUUACUAGUCCAAAUCAAUAUUCAACUAACUCGCGCACUUCAAAUUUGCUACUUUUAUUAACUACACUUAUGAGUCAUUCUGAAGUUACUACAUCAUCACUUCCGACAGUAACUUCUAUGCCAAUAUCUAUCACAGAACCUACUAGCUUUAGCCAAUCAUUUUCUGACUAUUCUACUGCUUUCUCAUCUAGUGUACCUUCACUGAUAUCGUCGAUUCACAAUACAAAUCCUGAUAUUGGUGGCAAAGAUUCUACAUCUGCAACGAAUAUAAAUACGAUAAACUCUAUAUCAUCUUCUCAACAAGUGCCUGAAUCACUAGAGACUACUGUUACCAUCACUAGUUCAAUGCCACUUGAAACUACUUCAACAAUAAUAUCCUCAAUACAAUCAAGCUCAGUUACAUCAUCAACAUUAGCAAACACUCUUUCUAAUGUUGCCAUUUCUAUUCCUAGUGAAACUUUAACAAACACUGUUAGUUCAUUAUCUUCGAUUUCAAUUGACAAUGAACGAAAUACGAUGAAUACUAUGUUAAUUUCAAAUACUUAUAUGAGUCAAACCAGUCCUACACCAAUCAUAUCAAGUUCAUUUGAAACUCAAACUAUAUCUACCUCAUUGCCUUCAUUAAAUAGUAUUAGUGAUGUGCCUUCAAGAUAUUCAUCCAACAUACAAGAUAUGACAGGUUCUGAAAAUCCAUCAUCAUCAACUUUCAAUCCAAUAUUUUUGACUUUAAUACGUACGAGUAUGUCAUCCGCGGACAGUUCCAUUUCAUCUUCGAUGACAAGCCAAACAACAAGUUAUUCAUCUAGUUUUCUAGAAACUACUGCUUCUACUCAAACAAUAUCGACAUCAACAAUAACAAGCAAUGGGACGACUUUUCUUUCUUUACUAUUAACAACAUCUGGUGUAUUAAUGUCUAAUGAAACAUCAACAACACGAAAUAUGAGUUCAAAUAUUCCAUUUACAACGCAAAUAAAUUUUAAUACAACUAAUAUUCCACUCUCCAGUAAUUGUGUUUUUCCAUUUCGUUAUCUUGGUCAAUGGUAUGAAAAAUGUAUAAGUGAUAUUCUCAAUGAUAGUUGGUGUUCAUUAACAGUUGAUUUCGAUCGAGAUCGACAAUGGAAAUAUUGUCGAGCACCUCGUGUUAAAACUAUCGGUGGUACAGGAAAUGGAAGUGAUUGUGUCUUUCCAUUUGUUUAUAAAGGCACAUCAUUUUCAACAUGUAUUUAUCGUACAGAAACGACAAUGACAUCAAAAUCGUUUGUAUUAUUUUGUUCAGUUACAUCCAAUCUUGAUAAACAUGGAUUAUGGGGAUAUUAUUAUGAUUCAUGUUACUUUCCAUUUAUUUAUAAUGGUAAUGUCUAUUCAGAUUGUAUCAGUGGACCACAAUCAGCUCGUUGGUGUUCAACAACAUCUAAUUUCGACCGUAACAAAAUGUGGAGUAACUGUCCUGGUAUGUUAUAA